CAUGAACAAUUUAUAAACAAUAUGAAUAUAUAAUCAUGCAUUAGUUUAUUUGGAUGAAACAUGAUUAAAAUAUCAUUUAAUUAAGCUACGGGGCUCGGAACGGUCGACCGUUUGGCGCGACGGUCGACCUUGAUCUUCAUCAGGGAUUGGAGAAGGUCAAUCAACUACACGGCCACCUCUUUUUGAUGGAACCAAUUAUACAUAUUGGAAAGAACGAAUGAGAAUCUAUAUUCGUUCCACGAACUUCCAAUUAUGGUUGGUUAUCAAAAACGGGGAAGAGGUGCCGAUGAAGAAAGUCGGAGACAAGUUGAUCCCCAAGACCGAAGACGAGUUUGAUGCCGAGGACAUCAAAAAGGUCGAGAAUUACGCAAAGGCAAUAAACAUGCUUUAUUGUGCCGUAAAUCCUGACGACUACCGCAAGAUCUUCUGCUGCUCAACCGCCAAGGAGAUGUGGGAUAAACUUGAGGUGACGUACGAAGGAACGGACCAAGUACGUGAAGCCAAGAUUGACUUCCUCACCCAAGAAUAUGAGAUGUUCAGGAUGAAGGAGCACGAGAAGAUUGACGACAUGUUCGACCGAUUUUCCAAGAUAGUCAACGAUCUUCAUGCAUUGAAGAAGACUUGCACCGACAGGGAUCUUGUACGAAAGAUCCUACGGAGCUUGACAUCCGAAUGGCGAUCUAAGGCCGAUUCCAUCUAUGAGUCAAUCGGCACAUCAAAUGUCACCAUCGACGGUUUAAGAGGUAACUUAAAAACUUAUGAAUCUACUAUACUUAACCCGUCUUUGAAUGACCAAAGGAAAGGCAUAGCAUUAAAAGCCUUCAAAGAACCAACGAUGAAUGAUUCAAGCGACGAUGAUGAAGUCAAGCUUGUCAUGAAAAAGUUUUGCAAGCUUCUAAGGAAGAAAGAAAAGGUUGAGGAUGACCCUAUGUGCUAUGGAUGUGGUGAAGCCGGGCACAUCAGGAACAAAUGUCCAAGAAGCGGAAGGAAUGCUCGUCACUUCAAAAAGCAAAGAGCAUACAUCUCUUGGGGUGGCGACUCUGGCGAUGAGUCAAGCGAGCAAGAGGAAGACGAAGAAGCAAACCUUUGUCUCAUAGCUCAAGAAGAAGAGGAGUCCGACAACGGCGAAAACCAAGAGGCGAUUAUAUAUGUAUAGGAUGUUAGAAUUUCUUUCUAUUUAAUUAUUUUGAGUAUAUGUUUUUAUUUUUUAAAAACUCCCUAUCAAAAAAGCCUUUAAAUUUCUUUCUUAAAAAUAUAUAAUUAAAAAAAAAGUCAUUCACAAAAAAUUUCAAAAGACUCACAAAAAGUUUAGAAGAAUUGUUGCAUAUUUAUCGGUCAACUUCUCAUACUGAAAGCUGAUUGAUUUCGCUAGUUGCGCCAUUUCUCAAGAUCCGUUUUCGAUUCCGAAUCAACUGAUAUUUCCGAU